UUAGCAUGAAGGUUAUUCCAGUCAAACAUUCCUACAGCCCACCCCCUUUCCUCCCUUAAAAGGAAUUGAAUUUCAUUUGCAUGUAUCCAUCUGGAACAGGCGAGAGACCGUGUCAGGAAGAGACGGGGCGCCUUGUGAGCUCUCUGCUGAGUGCAGAUUUAUAAUCUGAUGAACAGAGAGAGACCCAGCUAACACCCCACUCCUUCCCACUCAAGGCCACAGCUCCAGGGCAGAGUGAAAGCACUUAGCCUGGGUUUUGUAUCUAAAGAAGAAGAACACAGUGCUGAAGACCAUUUCCUGCUUGUUGUGGAGUUGGGGAUCUGUCUUGCAACCCUGGAUCAUGGCCUGGCUGCUUCCCAGGGCUUGCUGCCUAAAAGUCUUCUGUCAGCCCUCUAGAGGACCCUUUUCUUCUGGAAUAGCUAGAGCUUGGAGUGGUGGGCCUCUGACUGCAUAUAUGCCGGAAGCUGUAGCAUUCGCUGGAUCAAGGGACCACCCAGGGCUGUACACAGUGUCAGUGGAGCAGGUAGAUGAAUUUUGGGGAGCUCUAGGGAGAAACCGACUCAUGUGGAUUAAUCCUUUUCACUCUGUCAAAGACUGUAAUCUACAGCAGGGCUGGGUGUCCUGGUUCCUGGGAGGACAACUGAAUGUAGCAGUGAAUUGUCUGGAUCGACAUGUCCACACAGCCCCAAACAAAGUGGCCCUGAUCUGGGAGAAAGAUGAGCCUGGGAAAGAAGUCCGGGUUACAUACAGAGAACUGCUUGAGUUGACCGGCCGUCUGGGAAACACCUUGAAACGACAGGGAGUGAAAAGAGGUGACCGAGUCACCAUCUACAUGCCCCCAUGCCCUCUGGCUGUGGCAAGCAUGCUAGCCUGUGCCCGGAUAGGAGCCGUACACACUGUGGUAUUUGCUGGAUUCAGCUCCGAGGCUCUAGCUGACAGGAUCCGGGAUGCGCAGUCAGAGACAGUGAUCACUGUGAACCAGGGGUUGAGGGGGGGCAAGGUUAUUGAGCUGAAGCAGACAGUGGACCAGGCCGUGCGUGUGUGCCCGCUGGUGAAGCGAGUUCUGGUUUCCAUGAGGACUGAGCAGAAGGUUCCCAUGUCAGAACUGGAUGUGCCACUGGAAGAGGAAAUGAUGAAAGAGGACGUAUGCUGUGAGCCUGCUGUCAUGGAGAGUGAAGACUUGCUGUUCCUUCUCUACACAUCAGGCAGUACUGGCAAACCCAAGGGGCUGGUCCACUCCCAGGCAGGAUACUUGCUCUAUGCUGCCAUCACACACAAGUAUGUGUUUGAUUACCAUGAUGGGGACGUCUUUGGCUGCGUGGCAGACAUCGGUUGGAUCACAGGGCACAGUUACGUGGUGUACGGCCCUCUGUGCAAUGGAGGUACCACCGUCCUUUUUGAGAGCACUCCAGUGUACCCCAAUCCUGGGCGUUACUGGGAAACAGUGGAGAGGUUACGAAUUAAUCAGUUCUAUGGAGCACCCACAGCAAUUCGCUUGCUGCUGAGAUAUGGGGACGACUGGGUAAAGAGAUACGACAGAUCUUCCCUCAAGACCCUUGGAUCAGUGGGAGAACCCAUCAACACAGAAGCGUGGGACUGGUACUUCAACGUGGUUGGUGAUGCGCGGUGCCCAGUACUUGACACAUGGUGGCAAACAGAAACAGGAGGCAUCUGUAUCUCUCCCCGUCCAUCCAGCCCCGGAGAUGAGAUUCUUCCAGGCAUGGCCAUGAGACCAUUCUUUGGGAUCAGCCCUGCCCUCCUGGAUGACAAGUGCCCUGUCCUGGGAGGAGCUCGGGCACAUGUCAGAAAUUCUACAAAGGGAAACAUCCUAACACAGAACAAUGUCUCUGGAGCCCUCUGCAUCUCUCAGGCCUGGCCAGGAAUGGCACGGACCAUUUACAAUGACCACAAGAAAUUUCUGGAAACCUAUUUGAUACCUUACCCAGGAUUUUUCUUCACGGGAGAUGGAGCCUAUCGUUCCAGCCAAGGAUAUUACCAGCUGACAGGACGUCUGGAUGAUGUCAUCAAUGUUAGCGGGCACAGGCUAGGCACGGCAGAGCUGGAAGAUAUUGUGAAUCAGCACAGAGCGGUGGCAGAGUCAGCAGUGAUUGGCUUCCCUCAUGAGAUCAAAGGAGAAGGAGCGUAUGUGUUCAUUGUGCUGAAGAAGGGGACUGAUGUCUCUCAGGAGCAGCUGAGCAAUGAACUCAAGGAGUUGGUCUCAAAGAAGAUUGCAAAAUAUGCAAGCCCUGAAUAUAUUCAGGUCACAAAGCGGUUACCCAAGACCCGUUCAGGUAAGAUUAUGCGCCGUGUCCUGAAGAAGAUUGUAGAGGACAAGGCAGAUGAGCUUGGGGACCUGACCACCUUAGAUGACCACGAGGCCGUGGAGGAGAUCAUCGAGGGGCACAAGCGCCUCCUGCAGGAGGAGCAGGGCCAGUAACCUGCUCCCCUUUUCUUCACC